AUGAGCGCCAAAAGUGAAGACGCUAUUCAGGAUAAAAUAAUAAAUGCCAUCAAGAAAAUUCCAAAAGGAAUAUCAGCAGCGCAAAUGGCUGCAGUAGUCCCAGAACUAUCAUCAGCUGAACUGGUUGGAGCUAUAAACAAAUUACUACAGCAAGGUCUCAUAGAUCUUUAUAAACAAAAUGGCACUUUAAUUUACAAGUUAAAAAAUCAGUCCACACAGCAAAUUGUAAAAGGUGCUGAUAAUGAAGAAAAAGUAGUGUACAAUUUGAUAGAAGAAGCAGCAAAUAAAGGAAUAUGGAUCAGAGAAAUAAGGAACCAAUCAAAUCUCAGCAACCCACAGCUAACAAAAAUCCUAAAAAGUUUAGAAAGCAAGAAACUUAUUAAGGCUGUUAAAUGUGUUAAUGCAUCAAAAAAGAAAGUAUAUAUGCUGUACAAUUUGGAGCCAGAUCGAUCAAUUUCGGGGGGUGCUUGGUAUCAAGAUCAAGAUUUCGAGUCUGAAUUUGUGGAUAUUCUCAAUAGACAAUGUUUAAGAUUUUUACAGCAAAGGGCAGAUAAAAUUAGAAAUAAUCCUAGAGGUCCUAUUGCUGGACGAACACAGUCUUAUGCAACAGCGGUUGAAGUUCAAAAGUAUAUAACAGAUUUAGGUAUAAGUAAGGUUAAAUUAGAAGUGGAAGAUGUGAUAACAAUUUUGAACACAUUAGUUUACGAUGGGAAGGCUGAGAGUAAUGUUUAUCCAGAUGGGAGUAAGGUGUAUAGAGCUAUUGAAUCUCUUAUUCCCCCACCCGGUUUAGUGCAGGUGCCAUGUGGAGUAUGUCCUUUAUUACAUAAAUGUUAUUCCACAGGUCUUAUUACACCACAAGAUUGUAAAUAUAUGACUGAAUGGCUAGAACAGUAA